AGGUAUGCACAGGCUGUUCUGUAGAAUGUGCGACACGCGCCAUGACGACUGAGGGGGUGGUGACUUGGUUGCAGCUUUUUUGCUGCACAGAUAUUAAAACUAACUUGGAACCGGCGAAUGAUGAAAUUACGACAACACCCUCAAAGUCGGCUCUUUGGUCGAGACCACCACACUCUCUGUCACUCUCCGCCAGAAGAAACAAGAGAUUCUGAUAAAAACCAGACAUUGACAGGGCAAAUGGCAUUCGCUCCUCCUUUAUUAUCGCCCUCUCUCAUCACUCCCAUUUACUCUUUUGCCAUUCUCUCCUUCCUCAACGUCAUCACCCUCUCUCUCUCCCUCCCUUCUUGUGGAUUUGGUGUGGAUUAUUCAUUUACUCUCAAGAGUACAAACUGCUCAACCACCCUGACCCCAGUUUCAGGGUUAGGGUUUAGUAUCCCGCCUUUUGCGCUACCGGUUCCAAUUUCGAUAGCUUCGGAGUUUGUUAUUACAGGUUGAUUUUGCUGAACCUCUUAAUGGAUGUUGAAAUUUUAUAGUCAAAGCUUCAUAUAAUUUCAAUCUUGAAUUUUGGACUUAUUGUUUAAAAUGACGGAUGGGAUGCGGCAUUCUGUUGAUAUUCCUAUUUGUAGAACUCUUGUGGCACUUAGGAGAGUGAAGUCACUGAGGGAUCCAUCAACUUCAUCCGCAAGUAAAUUUUCUGCUUUAGUUGACAAUCUCAAUUGGGAAAAUUCAGGUAAUAAUGGGAUUACGCUGCAAUUUGGAAGUGAUUUCCAUGGAGGUGGUUCUGAUCAUAAUGGUCACUUGAGACCAAGAAAUAUAAGUGUAAGUGAACGAAUAGAGGAACAAGUUGAUGAUUUUGAUUUGCGUCGCAGUUUUGGAAAAUCUAGGUUGACUUCACGUGAGAAUUCAUGUUGGGAAGAAAAUGUGGAUGCUAUUACGGUGAAACAGGUUGAAUUAAAUAAAGAUGAAGUUCAUAAAGACAGAAGUUUGAGCGAGAAAGUUUGUGGGAAUCGUAGGGAUGAAGGAUUGAACUUAACCUGUGUUAUGCCUAUCAGUAAUCCUUUGGAGGAUGUAGAUUCAUCUACUGCAUUAGAUGCUUCAAAACAGAAAUCCCCCUUAAGAAAUCAAGUAAAAACAUCUGGGGCACUAGGUGAUGUUUCUAGUCGUGUAGGUAGUCCAUGCCCAUCCACAGCGACAGGUGAUGCAUUGUCAAGUUUUAGCACACCGUUAUUUGCAGAUGAAGAUGUUUUUGAUAACAAUCGUGCCGGUUGUGGGAUUGGCUGCUGCUGGGCAAGAACCCCAAGAUUCCGAGAAUCAAAUCCUUAUAGUGAUGUGGAAGACCAUCCCUUAUUAUCUAGUGAUGUAAAUGAGACGGGUCAUUUCAGGCAGAGAAAUUGGAAACCAACUAACAAGGACAUCACUCCAUAUUCAGAAACUCCAAGGAGUUUGAGCCAGAAAUUUAGGCCAAAAUUUUUCGAUGAAUUGGUGGGGCAUAAUGCAGUGGUUAGGUCUCUUUUGGGUGCUAUCUGUAGAGGAAGAAUAACUUCCUUGUAUCUUUUCCAUGGCCCCCGUGGUACGGGCAAGACUUCUGCCUCUAGAAUUUUUGCUGCUGCAUUGAAUUGCCUCUCUCGUGAAGAGCAGAAGCCAUGUGGCAUAUGCCGUGAAUGUAAUAUUUUCUUUUCUGGAAAGAGCAAGGAUGUGAAGGAUGUGGAUUCUGUGAGAAUCAAUCAGAAUGAAAGAGUAAAGUCCCUUAUGAAGAAUGCGGUAAUCCCUCCAGUUUCAUCUCGCUUUAAGGUUUUCAUUGUUGAUGAGUGUCAUUUGUUGCAUGGAGAGACCUGGGCAGUAGUUCUGAAUAGUCUAGACAAACUUCCUCAACAUGUGGUUUUUGUGAUGAUUACUUCUGAGCUGGACAAGUUACCACAAAGUGCAGUGACGCGGUCGCAGAAAUAUCAUUUUCCAAAGAUCAAAGAUGCUGAUAUUGCAAGCAGAUUGGGAAAAAUUUGUGUUGAAGAGGGUCUUGAAUUUGACCAGGUUGCUUUGGAUUUCAUUGGUGCUAAAUCUAAUGGUUCAGUUAGGGAGGCAGAAAUGAUGCUUGAUCAGCUGAGUUUGCUCGGGAAAAAAAUCACAAUGGCUUUGGUCUACGAGCUUAUUGGAAUUAUUUCGGAAGAGGAACUACUUGAUUUGCUAGAUCUGGCUUUGUCUUCUGACACUUCAAAUACAGUAGUAAGGGCCAGGGAGCUGAUGAGAUCCAGGAUUGACCCUAUGCAGCUCAUGUCACAGCUUGCAAAUCUAAUCAUGGACAUUCUUGCGGGUGAAAUUGAAGAAGAUGAUACUGGAGCCAGAAGAAAUUUCUCAAGAAGGCAUAAUUCUGAAGCGGACAUGCAGAAAUUGAGUCAUGCUUUGAAAAUACUGUCUGAAACCGAAAAGCAAUUGAAGGUGUCAAGAAAUCAAACCACGUGGCUUACAGUAGCCCUACUACAUUUAAGCUCGGAGCCUUCUUUAUUGGAUACAAAUGACUUGAAGUCAAGUUCAAGAACUGCACAUGAGAGAGAUGGUGCUUGUUGCAUCACUUCGUCCACCGGGGAGAGCUUGAAGCCUCUUGUCCCUUGUUCACGUGGUGAUGACAAUAAGCCACAGAAGUUAGGAUUACAGGAGAAUUGUAAAGUAACAUUGGAAUUAAUUUGGAAGAGAGCAACAGAGUUAUGUCAGUCAAAUUCACUCAAGAAUUUUCUGAGAAAACAAGGGAAGCUGUCUUCAGUUUGUGUUAGUCAAGGUAUGGCAAUUAUUGAAUUGGAGUUCCACCGACCUCAUUAUGUAUCUAGGGCUGAGAAGUCAUGGAAAGUAAUAGCAAGUUCACUUCAGUCAAUCUUGGGCUGUAAUGUGGAGAUUCAGAUCAAUCUUGCACUUUGUCCCGAUUUAAAGUGUUCUAAUGUGAAGAAGCCAAUUUUCAGUUUUCUUAGUUGUUCCCGUAGGAUGCCGCAGAAGCUACGUUUAAAUACUCAACAUGGUAGUGAGUCUGACAUUUCUGAUUAUGCCUCUGGAAAGCCAAUGAUUACAGAGAGGUCCAUUUUAAGUUGUUCUUCUGAUGUUGGGUGUCAAAUGCACCAUGGACUCUGUCAUGGAAUGGAAAGCACGAAGGCUUUGAGAAACAGUGAAGGAAAUUUACUGAGCACAGGGAGAAUCUUGUUUCGGAAGUCACCUCAACAAGAUACGCAAAAGUCUCACAGGAAUGAAGUAGAUUCCCAGAAGGAACAGGGAAGCAGCCUUGAGUGUCCAGAGACAGAAGAUCAGCCAAAUUGCUUUCCUAGGAUUCUGAGGUUGCGGAAGAAUUCGUCGGACACUUCCCAAAUGAUAUGUAUGGGUAACCAACAACAAAACGAGUUGGCAUUAUCGAUCUGUGACCCUGAUCCUUACAUUUUCUGCCCUAGCUCAAACAACUGCAUUGACAACUCCAAGGAGCAUGGAAGGCUCGAGGAGAACGCGCUUUGUUGGAGAACCCCAGCAAUUCCAUUAAACAAGGCUUUACAGCCGACGAAUCAACCACAACGAUCGUCCUUGAUUCACCGCGUUCUUUCUUGUGGUGCUGGUAGAUAAUUUUGCAACCGAGGGCGCUGCCCUUCUGGAAAUUCUAUGACACUCAAAUCUCUCUCAUUCUGUAAAGUACGUAUCUUCAUUUGAUUUGUCUUGGUUCCCAAACAAGUGGAAAAUUUUCUCCUGUAACCAUUGUACCAAGGACAAUUGCUUCUGCAAUUCAAGAAGGGGAAGACGACUGCAUGGCAAUUCAAGAGGAUGGUGGGUUCAGUGAAAGCCUAUGCCCAAAGAUCAUCCAUCUUGCGGUGGGCCUAAAACCCUAAUUAGUAAUUAUUACAAACGUAGCCCAUUAAUCAAUUUUUUAUUUUAUGUAAGGCCGUAGACAGGCAAAACUCAAAAGUUUCCUUGAAAGUGGGCUUAAAACCUUAAUCAUCACAAACGAAACACGCUAGAACCCAUCAUCGACCCAAGCUUGUUACGGUGGUCCACGUUUUUUUUUUUCCCGAAGACUGGAAGAUGUGCAAAGAGAUCCCAGUUAAGUUUGGAUUAGCUGAGAGAUCGAGGCUUUGCUAAAUCAAUGGAGCGAGAACACGAGCGUAAGAGUUGUGCGCUCUAACUUGGUCAUCGAGGGAAGCCCUCCAUUGGCUGGCUAGGAUCAUCGUUGCUACCGCCGUUCACCAUAAUCUCCACCUUCAGAUGCAUCUACACGCUCCCGCAAUGGCACUCCGGAUUAUCAGAACGAAUUAGGUAACUGUUAGAAAAAAAAGAUGCGAAAUCAUGCAAUUCAAUGGAGCGAAUGUUAUAAAGUCUUGUGUUUCUUUAAUUUCGCUUUUGAAAGGGCUCGAUGUAAUUGGAGCAUUGGUUGUUAGAAGCUCUAGCUCUAAUUUCGAAAGUAAUGCUUCUGAAGCUAUCGGCCACUCGCGUAAAUUGGCAAAGCUCUGCGAUGGAGAAAAUUCGGAUGGACAAGAGAUGAUUGGGGCUGUUGCGGACGUUAAUUCAAGAAAAUUCGGAAACCCUCCCAAACCUCAAUCUGUUAAAUCUGUUAUACAUGAAGAAAAUCAACAAAAGUUUGUUUGGGGGAGAGGUUGUUUGCUCGAUGUGAACUCCCAAUUGGGUUGCCAUUCUAUUAUUCAAUAAACAAUCAAUCCGAUGUGGGAAGAGCAUUCUCCGAGUGCAACUGAAGCAAUUGUAGCCUAGUUUUUUAAUUCACAGGUUGCAUAUAUGGUAGAAACGAUAAACAAAGUCUAUAUGGAAAUACCUUAAUGUGUCAUUCUUCAAGGGAGGGAAUGGCUUUUGACAACUACAAGGAUGUGUCGAGCAUCACACCUUCUGGUGAAGAUGUGCCGGAUUCUGUUGUGAAAGCGUUAACAUGUGUGAACAUUUGUUUGAAAAGUGAGUCUGCCCCAGCAUUGUUUUCUGUAAAGAAUGCAGAUAUACUCCAGGUAAGUGGUUUGCUUAAUACUUCAGAAAAAUCUCCAGAAACCAGUGCACCCGUUGCAGCAUGUAUUCCAGGUUUGGAAGAAGCAAGAUUUCAAUCGCUGAGUUUAAGUUAGAAGUGCUUUGCUAUGUUAUCGAAGUAAAAGCAAAACACGUGUUGGCAUGAUAGAGGGCUAACCAAAAUGUUGGCCUAUGUAUUUCAAACUAGUAGAUGAGCUGCAGUAGACAUGCUGGGGUAAUGCUUUCAGGUUUCACUCUUUCAUGCUGGCAAUCUGAAGCUUUUAAUACUUGCAUUAUGCUAUCUGAGGAGCUUGCAUUAGCGAUCACGGAGAAUUACCAUACGGGUGGCUUGGAGGAUGUUUAAAUGUGGGAUAGCUGUGAUGCAUACAAUUUCAUAUGGAUAAUGUGGGGCAUGUGGGGUUCACGAUUUCACAUGGAUCAUAUGCGUCCAUCUCAACAUUUGGAAUAGCUCAGAUUCUUAGCAUUUUCAUUCCAUUUUUAUUAUGUUUUCGUUCUGUAUUUGAUAUGUUUGUUCUAGAGAGUGCACUUUUAGCCAGGGUUGCUUAACACAACACCUUUGCCCUAGUUGUGACAAUUCAUCUUUUUAGAAAAAGAGCCAUGACAAUAAAUAAUACUAUUUGAAGGUAGCAA